AUUUAGUAAACAUAACAUAGGAGCUUUGAACCUGAGUGCUCAUGCAUUUCCACGCCGUUAUCAUAUGACAAUGAUAUAAUGUUAGAAAAACUAGAUAAGAGAUGGAUAAAUAUGGCAAAACUGCGAGGAUGAACCCUCUUUGCUAUCAUAUCUACUCUAAAUAAACUAUGAUUUACAGAUGUGAAUAAAUUUUAAGCCAUGACAUCUUCAAAAUUCAAUACUUUUUUUCUUGGUUUGUUUGAAUACUACACUCCCAAAAUAGUAUUAAUCAAAAAUAUAAAAGUUGGUAUUUUAAAUCGAUUUGUCCAACUUGCGAUAAUUAGCUACAUAAUUGGGUAUGCAAUUAUAUAUAACAAAGGUUAUCAAGAUUUUAGUACAAUUGAAAGUUCUGUUACAUCAAAAGUGAAAGGUAUUGCUUAUACAAACUAUUCCGAAAGUGAGUUUAAUGACCUUAUACCAAAUAUAGAUGUAUAUCGAAGGAUUUGGGAUACAGCAGAUUAUAUUGUGCCUCCAUCAGAAAACAAUGCAUUUUUUGUUAUCACAAAUAUUGUGAUCACAGCCAAUCAAACACAAGGACAAUGCCCUGAGGAUCCAGAAGUUUCAAAAUGUUCCUCUGAUAGAAAUUGUAUACCAGGCACAUCUAUCAUAACUGGAAAUGGUGUUUAUACUGGCAAAUGUGUUACCUCUGAUCAGAACAGCACAUUGAAAGUCUGUGAAAUUUAUGGUUGGUGUCCUGUUGAAAGGGAUAUCAAUCCAUUGAAAGAUAAUAGAGCUCUGUUGUCUUCCACCAAAAAUUUUACUGUUUUAAUCAAGAAUUUUGUAGAUUUUCCCAAAUUUAAAAUUAGAAGGAGAAACAUUCCUGAUUAUUAUGAUGAUAAGUACUUAAAACAUUGCAAUUAUCAUCCUGUCGAUGAUCCUCUCUGCCCAAUAUUUGUAUUAAAAGAUAUUGUUCCUGGAAAUUAUGAUGAAAUUGCUGUAAAGGGUGCAGCAAUGGCAAUAAUAAUUGACUGGCAGUGUGAUUUUGACUACUCAGAAUCUAAAUGUUAUCCUAAAUAUCAGUUUAGGAGACUAGAUGAAAAUUCUCCAAUUUCUCCGGGAUUAAACUUCAGGUAUGCUCAUUAUUAUGGAAAUUCUGAACGAACUCUCUAUAAAGCAUAUGGCAUCAAGUUCAUUGUAAUGACUCAGGGAAGAGGUGGAAAAUUCAGCAUCGUUCCUUUGCUUUUGAAUAUUGGGUCUGGUCUCGGGCUUUUAGCUGUGGCUACAAUUUUGUGUGACAUAGUUGUGCUGUACAUUGUCAAGAAAAAGUAUCUUUAUAAAUCUGUGAAGUACCAAAGUGUCGCUGAAGGAACUGAAAAUGUUAGAGAAGAACAAUCUACAAUCUAUUAAAAAGGCAGGAGCUGAAUAAUAUGAAGUUCAUCGUUCAAAUAAUCUCUUUGAAUUAUGUGCCUUAUUUUGAAACACAAAGUUUGAAGCCAGAUUUAUGACUUAACACACUCUUUUAAUUAAUUAUAAAUUAUUGCAAUUAUCAAUUUUUUUUAUAGAUUUGUGGAAUUAGCACACAAAAUCAUUUAAUAUGUUCUGAAAGGUAUUUUAAAUUAUACCUUUGAUUAAAUUUAUUUUUAACAUCAAACAACUACAGAAUAUGUUAAAUUAUAUUUCAUUUCAUUUUUUUAUGUAAUAAGGCAACAACAACAACAAAAAAACAUAAUACAACAUCACAUCAAAAUAAGUGUACUUAAUAUAUUGCAUUUAAAUAAUUUGAAAAAUAUUAAGACUUGGCAUACUUCAUAAUAUCUUUCAAAGAUAUUUGAUUAUCAUUUGCUGUGAUAACUUUAGUGAUUUUUUUAAAUAAUCAAAGGCUUUUUGAUACUUAAUAUCUCUCAAGGAUAAUAAAUAUUUUUCAGUAUUAUGAACGAUAAUUGUUAUUUUAUAUUUUUGUACUCUACUAUAGUAUUAAAAUGGAAUGUUGUAUUAAUAUUGAAAUAAAAUUUUCUUAAUGAUGUAUUUUUAACUGUGAUAGUAUAUUUAUUAAAUGUAGAUUUUCCAUCGUGAAUAAAGCUCAAUUUUAUGUUCUUUUUUAGAGAACUGAGAAAUAGUCACAUUUUUUUUCAUUAUUUGGGGAGUGCUGUAUUGUUAUGCAAAGUUAUUUUUAAUGUCAUGUUUUUGUUAUUUGUAUAAUAUGUCAUACCCACCUUAAAUGAGCACUUUUGAAAACUUUUAAUUAUGAGAUUAUUAUUUUAAGAUUGUUAGAUCGUAUUUUAAAUUUAUUUAAUCUUGUUGAUUUUCAUGUUUAAUUUUUGAAUUUAUGUAAUCAACGAAUAUGUCUUUUGCAGUUUGAUUUUCUAGUCAUUCAUUUAAGAAACUUUUCUUUUGUUAGUGUAUUACAGUGCUUUUAUUUUAAAGUUCUUGGUUUAUACUAUACAUUGAAAUUUUCAAGAGCUAACUAAAAGCAUGUGUGCUUUUCUCCCAAAAUGUUUUAUGAUAUUGUGUGUUUUGUUGAUGUUUUUGUAUAAUCUGGUUAAUAAUGAGUGCCAUUAAACUUAUUUGGAAAAUUUU